CUCGUACCGUAUCGUAUCAUUCGUCUUCAGUGUUCAUCCCGCAAACGACACCUUUUGGAAUCCGAGGACGACAAAACGGGCACCAGUGGCAACAAUACRCGUGAGAAAGGACAAUUGCUAUGAUUGGAACGCCCAACCGCAGCGGUUCCGAUAUCGGUUCCGAAAUCGGCMACCCUGCCGGCACCGGUUGCGGCAAGAUUCGGUCUGCUGCUACCCUCCGACAAAUGCACCCGCGUUUGCCGUCCCGAUCGACGGGUUCGGCGCGAGGGUUCUUUUCGGCUGUUUUGGUGCUGGUGGUGGCUCUGGCGGACUCUUGGAUGCUGUGCUCGGAGGGCCUUUCGUCCUCCUCUUCCUUCUCGUCGUCCUCGUCCUCCUCCUCUUCCCCGUCCGAACCAUCCCCGUGGGCAUCCUCCUCCUGGCUGCUGGAACUGGACUUUGGUGGGCCGUCGUCGUCGUCGUCGUCGUCGUCAUCGCAGGCAACAAGCAAAGAGGAAACGACCACCGCUCUUUCCAUGUAUUCCGACGCCCCUCCCUUUUCGUCGUACGGAGCAUCGGGGUCUCGGUUGGUGGUGGUGUGCCCGGUGGUGAUCGAGGCCGAGGACGACGCCACCAGCAAGAAAUUCCCGGACGCCUUUGUCGGGCGGGGUGCGUCGGUGGUUCGGGCACGGACCGAGGACGACGACAAGGAAGCCGGAGACGGGGCGGACGWCACUGCCACCCAGAAGGGUUGCUUCACCUACGUCACCAUGGAGGGAUCRCGGAGGAUCGAGUUUUCUCCCGGYGGCUGGACGCUCCAGUUUCCCCCGGGUGGAAAGGCCAACCGGGGGAGAGCCUCCAAGCUUAGGUUUUACCUCGACCUGGAAACCGACCUCCGCCGCAACGACGUCUUCCUCCCCGCCGGAACCCGCCUGUAUUUCGCCGCCAGCGCCUGGAGGGARCUGGACUACGAGCAAGGCCUCGCCAAGAUGCGGCCCCUGAAGGCCGCGCUCGAGGAGGCACAGGCCGUCCUGGACGAACGCCUGUCCCACGAGACGGGGGACAGGCGCCUGGACGGGACGGAUCCGGUCGAGACCCUCAAGGCGUACGGGGACAUGACGGGRCUCAUCCUGGACCGGGACCGGAAGCGGGCGGCCGUGAGGGCGGCCCUCGAUCGGGACGGCCACGGGUAUCCGGGCUCGGAGGACCUCCCCGAGGGGCCCUGGCCGGGGACGACGGAGUGGCUGACGGUCACGGAGCGGAACCCCAUCUACGCGCGGGUUCCCGGAGACGCCACCGACGGCGGAAGCUCCGGCACGGCCAAGAAGAACYUCCUGCAGCAGCUCAUGGAAGCGGGCGGGGAGAAAGCCUAUCGCUACGGCCGGGUCGGAACCUGGACGGGGGAAGCGAUCAGCAGCCUGUUGCUCGACGACGAAUGAGGGAGGGAGKGACCGACGCAGCGCACCAAUAGAUCCAUGCACCCACCCAUGAAUCKAUGGGUCGAUCGAUCGAUGGCGGCAUGUGCGACAACCGCAAUUGUGCCAUCGACCAACCUGCGGUUUCACUUCAAACGAACAACGAGAAUGGGCCUCCAUCCUUUGCACCACUGGAAAGCAGCRGUGGACCCGCUAAGGGAUGGCAGCCGAUAUCUUGAUAGCCACAUCACCUCGUGAGUCAAUCGAGUCGGAGUGGAAAGCUCUCCUGGUCGCCCACUGUACGACCGCACGACCGCACGACCGUACUCGUUGUCGCUACACAUCACCCUUGGUACGAUUAGUAUUUGAACACCACAAAACGCGCUUGAAGAAAGAAACGAUGAGUCUGUCAACACCGCAAAAUGUGCUGAAAGAAAGAAUAAUAUAGAAAAAAUAAG